ACUCUACACUGCUAUGUAAUCACAAAUUUCGUUAGUAUAUUUGGUCACAGGAAGUUGCUGUAUAUUUACUCACGCAUGAAGACAAUAACUUUUGCAUCUUAAUCUAUAAAUUAUGUGUAAUAUAUUAAAUGAUCACCCAGUGCACAUAUUCUCUUCAGAGUUGAAAUCUUGACGCACCACACCAAACAGUAAGUCACGUGAUUAAUAGCCUGUCAUGUGAUGAGAAAAUGGGGGAGCCGUCAAGAAGUUACGAAGAUACAGGCGAGACAUCACGAUUGCAACCUGUGUUUUCAGAAGGCCAGCUGUCUUUUAUAGGCCAUGAUGCAAGUGAAAUUCCUAUCCAUUUAAUGCAGGAAUAUACUGUCCAGACUGUGCACCUAGACCUCAGUUUCAACAGGCUUUGGCAGUUGAAUGGUCUAGAAAGGUUCACACAACUCAAGACCCUUGUUCUUGACAACAAUGAGAUUGGAGAUGACACCAUGUUUCCUCAUAUUGAGAGCCUUGAUACUCUCUCCCUUAACAAAAACAGAAUAACAAAGCUUGAUCAGUUUCUGAAGCAGAUAGAAAGUAGAUUUCCUUGCCUGACCUAUCUCAGCCUUUUGGGCAACACAGCAUGCCCAAAUCAACUGUCUUCUACAGAUAAGGAUGACGAAGACUAUCAGCGAUACAGGUACUAUGUCCUAUUCCAUCUUCCAAAAUUGAAAUUCUUGGAUGCAAGUGCAGUGCGGCUUACAGAACUGUUGGAAGCAAAGCGUUGUGGACAAUUCAUGGAAGUAGUUCGACCUAAUGAAGCCAUUGAGCAGAGAGAACCUGUGGAGGCUAUGACUUUCCAGUACAGUCCUCUUCCUAAAGAAGGUUCCUCAGAAUCAGAUGAUCAGCACAUAGGAACAUAUGGACAUUCCAAGUAUGUGUAUUUUGGUCGGCAUUCGGAGGGUAACAGAUUCAUACGCAACAAAGAUUUGUAGCAAGACCCCAAGAAUGACUUUGUUCAGAUUAACAACAACUUUUAGUUUUUAUUUUAGAUUGUCUGCCAUGUGUCAUGCACAGAGGCUGAUUUUUCCAUACUUUAGCAUUUUGUAUAAAGUUGGUAGGGCAGCUUUGUUAGUGUAAAUCUGGCCACAGCAAACCUUUUCAGACGGUCAUGUUUUUAUUCUUAUACAACAUGAGUAAUCACCAUGCAACAUUGAGCAUUCAUUGAUGCAUGAAAUAUAUUUUGUAAAAUGUGACAGUAAAAUUUUAGUUUUUUUUGUUUUUGUUUGCUUUUUUAAUCAGUCAAGACAGAUGUAAAGAGAGUUAAUGUGUACUUCACUAUCUUUCAGAGGGACUUGACAUUGUAUAAAAUGAUAAAUCUAAGUAUCAGAGUAGUUUUGUCCAACAGAGGAAUUUAAUUCAUUUGUAGUGUGUUUCGCAAAGCUUUGAAGAUUACAUUUUUCGUAAUAAAGUGUGAAAUAUCUACUUCUCACUCUCUAGACAUUUUACAAAUGAAUCAAUUGCCAUAAACUGCUUCCUCUACUAACCCUCUUAACAUGCUGGGCCUUGAUUGUGGCUUUGGCUGGAAGCAUGGGAAAGGCAAUUUUCAUUACUUUUAUUGCAAAGUUCAAGUUUUCUCCUUUCCAAAAAGUAUAGGUUUCUUGGUCUAAUGUUUACCUGAGAACAGCAAUAAUAAAAAACAAACUUUACCCACUGUCAUCUUCACAGUCUUCAAUUAUGAGCCAGUCAUUGUAAUGUUAUAUUUUUAUAUCGUGCUAAGAGGGUUAGCAGCAACAGAUAUUAUACCUUAUUAGUGCUCGUCAAAACUUGUAUUCUAUUUAUGUAAUUGGACUUUUAAAGAAAGGAAAAUGAGUAUUAAGGUCUACUUUUCUGAACAAGACAAAAUGAGUAUCACGGAAUUUGUUGAUGCAAACUAGUCUGAUGAGCCAGGGUACCCAGUAUUUCAGAUGAGUCAGAUUUGCUGCCUUAUAGUUCAUAAACUGCUUUCUACAAUGGCAGCCACUGCCUCAAAAUUAUUUUGUAGAUCUUCGUACAUAUUUGUGUAUAUAGUUCAGUCUCAGCAUCUGUAAGCCUUUUGUUUUAACAGUAUUUGUUGUCUACCCAUUCUUCUAUGAUGUAAGUGUUUAUAUCUUGUACUGAGCAAUAGUAGGUUUUUAGUUUGAAAAUUUGCCUGGGGUUUUUUUUUUUUUGGUUGAUCUUUUAAAACUAAAAAGCUUUGCAUUUUUUCACAUUUGCUGUUUUAUUUCUUAGUAGCAUGAUGACAAAAAAACAUGCAACACAAAAUGUAAUAAACAAUACAAUUUUUACAAAUUACAUAGAAAAGCAAACUAGCGGAUAAAAACCAGGAGUUUCUUUUGCUAUUAACUUUUGUAAUUAAAAUAUAUUAUCAAAUUAGCUUCUCAUGUAAAUCACUUUGUCCAAUUCAAGUAUUCCUAUUAAAUUUCUUAUGCUGUGUGUUUUUAGUCUAUUCUCAUGAUAAAUUACCACCCAGCGAAUUUCCAGUUUUGUAUAAAGAAAUUAGGCUUGGCAUAAGAGGCAAGAGUUAUAGGAUGAAACAUCUAUACUUAUGGCUUGUUACUGAGAAACAAAAAAAAAGGCAUUCUCCUAAUCUUUUGACUGUUGGGGGAUGAGGUAUUAGACUGCCUUUUUUGCAAGGAUUAUGCCCAUCUCCUCUCCCUUGCUGCCUUAUCUUCCCUAAUUCACUGUGGAGUCAGGUACACAUGUCCCAUAGCUGGGCUGACUGUGCUGCAUGGGUAUCAAAACCAGUCAACCUUUGGUUUUGGACAGCAGCAUUCUAACCACUUGACAAUCAACAUGUCUGACAACUUUAAAAGAAUCCAUAGCAGACAAUGUUACUAAAGAGGUAAAAUUGAUAAAUGUGCUUAAGAAGCUUGUAAAACCUUAUGGAUCCAGUAAAAUGCUGAAGCAUUUUUUGUAACUCGCUCUUCAUUCUCAGGGCUGAGCAACUGACACCUAUACUAUUCCUUGAAAAAAAAAACUGUUUAUUGUGGUAUGGAUAUUUUACAAGUACAUGAUCUGAAGAUCUCAGGUUUUUGAUAACAUAUAUUUUUCAGUUUUUCAUUUGUAUUUUAAAGAACAAGUGGAGGCUAACUGAGAGAGAAUCUCUACUCAACCAACAUCAGGGAUGAAAAAAAAUAGCAUUAAAGAAUGCAAAUUGAGGCAUAUUUAUAUGGUGACAUGAUAAAGUGGACCUCAACUUGCAGGCAUUUGAUAGCUAGUACUUUGGUGUAGAUUUGUGUAACCUGUCUUUGCCUCAGGUGCUUGGAAGAUGUGCUGGUAAAUAUGGUUCAUUACUGUCAUUGGCAGAAAGAGGAUGAAGAAUUUAAGUAGUCAUUCAUUAGCUUAUUGGCAUUACUUUUAAUUGUCACAUAAUAUAAGAUAUUCACAUUUCACCACUUUUUUACAAUAUAGUUAUAAUAUAGUAUGAUUAGCAGUUUUUCUUUAGGAACUAGACAUAGAGUAUGGGUUCUUUUACAGAAACUCCCAAUAUAUCAAGUACUGACAAGACUUUUUAGUCAAGUGACAGAUAGCAUGUUAAAAACUUUAAGUGGAUGUUUUCUUUCCUUAUGUAGCACCAUGUGUGUAUUCAUUCUACAAAUGGCAUAUUACACAAUCAUGCUACAUUUAAAGGAAAAUUCACAAGUAAAAUGUUUAUACUUAAUUUCUUUUUUAUGUGGUUGAGUACACUAAUCACUUGAUUUUUGAUUGAUUGAAGUGAAAGAUUUAAGUACUUGUGCAAAUGAUAUUCAACAGAAGAAUAAAUUUCCACACCUUAAUUUAUGACGGUAAAAAUGCUUGCCACUGCACUAGUGCCAUAUAUUUCUGCUAUCAUAGGCUAUCAAAUUAAUGUUUGUGUAAUUAUUUAGCAUUUUGUUGCUUACCAUAGCAUGUAGUUUAGAAUUUUUACGGUUGCUUCAUAUUAUUUUGACUUGAUUUUAUCUGUUUAAGGUGUUUGGAGUACAUGCAGAGAAAUGCUAGUAUAAUACUAGAGGAAAGUUCCUUGUUUGACCAGUGUUUAUUGGGUUAUGUUUAACAUAAUUCUUACAUUUGUUUACAGUUUAUAUCUUAUUGUUGGAGCUUUAAGCAUUGGUUAUAUUGUAAUCUGUGAAAUAAAGUUCUUUCGCAGCCU